CUGACGAUGGCAAAGAUGUAAUGUCGGUACUGUCAACUAUUGGCUAUACUAACCUAUCAAAAAUCGGAGAAGGAAGCUAUGGUACUGUAUUUAAAGCACUUACUCUAUCAACACCAGUAGCCAUUAAAAGUAUAAGAAUCUGCCGAUUGUCAGGUCCCGAUGGGAAACGAAAGACACCAACAAAGCCACUCAAGAAUGAAUUGGCCAUAUUAUCAACACUGGAUCACCCAAACAUUGUCAAACUUAUUAACUACUUUCACAUAAUCGACAAUAAAAAUAUGUUUACUCUGAUUAUUGUAAUGCAACUCGCGGAGGGAGGUUCGCUAUCCGAUUAUCUCAAAGUCAAUGGCCACUUUCCCGAGAAUAGGUGUCGGACAUUCAUUUCUCAACUCAUAAAUGCAUUAAUUUAUAUGAAAACUAAACAUAUUGCACAUCGAGAUCUGAAAUUAGCAAACAUCCUAUUGGACGCCAAACGUGAUAUACUAAUAACGGAUUUUGGCUUAAGCUGUUUUACUGCCAAUAAACAAUCGACUACUCUAUGUGGGACACAUCAAUACAUGGCUCCUGAACUAAUGGACGGAACAACAAAUGCAUAUAACGCGUAUGCUGUUGAUGUGUGGGCAGUUGGGGUCAUAUUGUUUUGUUUGAGAACAUCAGAGUAUCCGUUCCCUAACAGCAGAAAGAGUGCGUUGCGUCAUAUGAUUAGACGAAAAUUUGUUUGUAAAUUUGAUUUGAAUGAACUGUCAGAAGAUAUCAAAUUGUUUUUUAAUGACAUUUUCACACCCGACCCUAUCUAUCGACCAACCAUCGAACAAUUGGCCAAACAUUCAUGGAUUAGUAAUGAGCCGCAACCCAUUCAUAUAUAUGGUAUCAGUCAACCGGGUGUUCAACAGACAGUGCCAUUACAACAACAACAACCGCAACAGCUUCUACCCCCACCACAACAACUAUCAGUUCAAUCAACUGGUGGUGGCGGACAGUUACCGGUGUCGCCUAAGAGUACUGGCCAGACAAUUGUUUUUGUACCACAAAAACAACAACAAUCACCUGUUAGUGGAGGACAACAAAAACAGUUACCCCCUGUUGUUGGCCAACCAAAAUCACCGUCGGUUAAACAUUAG